AUGGCAGCUGUGGAGGGGAGUCUGGGCUGGACCCGUCACUAGGUGUGGUUUAUCUCGGGUAUAAAUAUGCUCUGUCUGGCGUCUCAGCGCCCCUGGAAUCUCAGUGAGACAAACUUCUUCCCCUGCCAGACCUCGCGACAGACUCCACCAUGUCUUUCAUCAGUGCCUUCUUGCAGCAGACGGUCUAUCUGGGCAUGCCCGAUGAUUCAGUCCAGAAGAAAGAGGGGACGGUGACUGCCGCAGCAAAUUUCAACCCCAGCGGAGAUGCAGCAGUCUUGGACAAGGCCAUCAAGACGAAAGGUGUGGAUGAGAACACCAUCAUUGAAAUUUUGGUGAAAAGGAGCAACGAGCAGAGGCAGCAGAUUAAAGAGGCUUACCAGCAGGCCAGCGGCAAGUCUCUGGAGUCAGCGCUGAAGAGCGCUCUGAAGGGGGAUCUGGAGGAAGUGGUGCUGGCUCUGCUGAAAACGCCAGCCCAGUACGACGCCCAGCAGCUGAAACUGGCUAUGAAGGGUCUGGGUACAGACGAGGACACCCUCAUAGAGAUUUUGGCUUCCAGAAACAACAGGGAGAUCCUGGACAUCAAGAAAGCCUACAAGGAAGAAUACAAAAAGGACCUGGAGGACGACAUCAGAUCUGACACCAGUGGAGAUUUCAAGACUGCGCUGCUUGAACUCUGCAAGGCCGGCAGGACAGAAGGCGUUUGCGAGCAGCUGAUCGACAGCGAUGCCAGGGCUCUGUACGAGGCCGGGGAGGGGAGGAAGGGCAAGGACUGCUCCGUCUUCAUCGACAUCCUCACCAGCAGGAGUGCCCUUCAUCUCCGUCAAGUGUUUGACAGGUACUCAAAGUACAGCAAAGUGGACGUGGCCAAAGCUAUCGACCUGGAGAUGAAGGGAGAUAUUGAAAACUGUCUCACUGCAGUAGUGAAGUGUGCUGGAAGCAGGCCUGCGUUCUUUGCUGAGAAGCUCUACUUGGCCAUGAAGGGUAAAGGGACCCGUAAAUCCAUCCUGACCCGCAUCAUGGUGAGCCGCUCUGAGAUCGACAUGAAACGGAUCAAGGAAGAGUACAAGAAAAACUACGGCAAAACGCUCUACCAGGAUAUUCUGGAUGACACUAAAGGAGACUAUGAGAAGAUUCUGCUCGCCCUCUGUGGAGGUGAAAACUAGGAGCCGAGCAACGAGGCUCGAACAACCGAAGAUCCAACAGCAAGUCGAGCUGCGGGAAAUCACCCGUCAUCUCUUGAUGCGUAUUGUGUCCGAUGUUCUUGUGGAGAACUGACGACACUGUCAUGACAUUUAGGAAACAUUAACAGCGAAGAUUAACGUGGAAUUGGCACUGCUUCAGCAGAUAUUUUCUCUCCAAGUUAUUCCUUUUCACUCCGACACUCACACAGACGUGUGCCAGCAGACCAAAGCUUGGGGACAGAUUUUAGCUUUACACUCGCGCUCGAAACGAAGCUGAAGUCACUGAUCACAGUGCAGCUGCUCACAGAAAUAUUCAGAUCUCCAUAUGCUAAUCACAUUCAGCAGUAGGCCUGCCCUUGAAGGAUCUUGGGUAUCUUGCAAAUAAAACAUUUUUCUAUGAAGGCUUA